AUGGACGGCACAGAGAACAAGUGUGAGUCUCCAGGCUCCUACCAAAGAAACAGAUAAAAUGUGUCAAGCUGUAUCCCCUGAUCAAUUCAGGUCCACCAUUAACUGAGAGAAUGGGCUUUUGUCUGAACCUAGAUUUUGGUAGCCCUUUUUGGAAUUUAUCGCAUUUCCUUCCUCGUCGACAGCUCAGUUUGGUGCUAAUGCUAUCCUGGGAAUCUCCCUGGCCAUUUGCAAGGCUGGUGCAGCAGAGAAAGAGGUCCCCCUGUACCGUCACAUCGCUGACUUGGCAGGAAACACAGAGCUGGUGCUGCCAGUUCCAGUAAGACAAACACUACUUAUGUAACUGUCAUAUCAGAGGAGAAGGAGGUGUAGCAGUAGCAUAAUAACAAUAAUGAACACUGAAACAGUCAUUGUGUAAAUGGUUUUACCAUAAUGGUACGUAUGAUAAAAACAACAUAUACUGUAUCGAAAAAAAAAAAAAAGGGAAAUGUACUGCACCAUAGCUGCUGAACAUGGGUAUUGGCCUAACUGCUAAUUCCCUCUGUCUCCUCAUCUCCUUUCCAGGCGUUCAACGUGAUCAACGGCGGCUCCCACGCGGGCAACAAGCUAGCCAUGCAGGAGUUCAUGGUACUUCCUGUCGGGGCGGAGUCUUUCAGGGACGCGCUACGGGUGGGCUCUGAGCUGUACCACACGCUCAGGGGGGUGAUCCAGGAGAAGUAUGGCCAGGACGCUACCAACGUUGGCGACGAGGGGGGAUUUGCCCCCAAUAUCCUGGAGAACAGUGAGGGUAAGUGUAGCAGAGUUGAUUUAGAAUCACAGUCCUGUGAGGGGCAGACCUGCCUGAGACCUGUAAGCUCAAUUGUCACUCUCGGACCACAGGUAUUUUAUUGAUAUAAUGGUUAAGACGUUGGAUUCCCGAGCGAGACAUCCGCGGUACAACUCCAACCAUAGGAUAUCCAUGGCACUUUACCUCUAUCUUGGGUCGUGUUCAUUACACACCAAACAUAAGAAAGCGGUCUGGACUUUUUCUUUUCUGUUUCAAAACAUUUUGCUAUGUGCCCCACUGAACAUGACUCUGGUAACCCUUUGAACAGAGUUCAAAUAAUACAUUCUCUUGGGGGCACUUUGAAAAUAGUGGACUGUGCCAAUGUUCAUAUUUUCAACACUUUUGGUUGCCCACAUUCUGUAUGUGCAUUUACACCAAUAGACAAAUCUUCUCACCCACGAUCUAGUCUAGUCUGCAAUGUCUAUGGGAAAACAGCAGCCAUAAAUCUAACAUGGUGUUACAGAUAAAAUCAUAAACAGUGUCUGCCCAUCUGUAUGCUUGUCACGAUAUGUCCUCAAGGCUUGCUUUUCUCACAUUUCCCAACAGCCAAGGAAAUGUGUAUCAGAUGAUCUUUGAACUAACAGUGUGUGAGCGCUUAAGCUUGUACUUGAGCUUGCGUUGGUGUGUGUGUGUGUGUGAUAACCCUGGGCCUUGGGCUAAGAAUGAUUUGAAGAAGUAGCUAGGUGUGACAGAAAGUCAACCCUGGCAAGAUCAAAAAGAGGUGUGAAAAGCCUGAAGGAGUGUCAGCUGUAGCCUCUUAGAAUAGAUUUUGGUCUGUAGUAUCUCUCUAGCAUCUAGAACAGAAUCAGUGUGUAUUCUUGCAACCUUUCUGCCUCACUCUCAACCCCACUCCAGCUUGGAUACUUGACUAUUUCUGCACUCAGCAACACAGCAGCAUCAUCUCAUCAAACAAGGAACAAGACAAGUUGUCUAAAGCAGAAACAGAGUGGUUCAGAGGCAAGAUAGAGUCUACCUUCCUCUCUCGUUCUCGAUCUCCGCCCAACACUUAUCAUCUUUCUUUCCUUCCCUCCUCCCUCCUCCCUCUUUCCGUCUCUCCCUUCAGCGUUGGAGCUGAUAAAGACAGCCAUCGAGAAAGCAGGCUUCACGGAUAAGGUGGUGAUCGGGAUGGAUGUGGCGGCGUCCGAGUUCUACCGCGAGGGGAAGUACGACCUGGACUUCAAGUCUCCUCCGGACGCUGACAGACAUAUCAGCGGAGAGGAGCUGUCAGACAUCUACCAAAGCUUCGUUAACGACUACCCAGGUAGGCAAACGGUUAUCUGACACCUAUUAGAUUCCUAAUUCAAUCUAACAUGAAUUUGAUUGAUUGAUUUUAUUUGAGAGUUUAAAAAAGACAUAUACUCACACAGUGCAUACAUUUUUUUUAACUAGUCAGAGAUAACACAAAACCCUUGUCCCCUUUGUAGUGGUGUCCAUCGAGGACCCGUUUGACCAGGACGACUGGGCCGCCUGGUCCCGCCUCACCGCUUCCGUGGGCAUCCAGGUUGUCGGGGACGACCUGACGGUGACCAAUCCCAAGAGGAUAGAGAAGGCUGCCGAGGAGCGGGCCUGCAACUGCCUACUGCUCAAAGUCAACCAGAUCGGCUCUGUCACUGAAGCCAUCCAGGCGUAAGUGACCCACGUCACAUGACCCCACGUCACACAAAAUGUGUGCUGUUGGGGGUACUGGAGGACCGGAGUUUGGGACCACUGAUGUAGGUAGUAGAGGUCUUCACGGAUCCACCUGUACCUGAACACCCGAGACCCGAUCCGGGACCCGAGCGGGUCCAGAUCCAGAAUUCUAAAUAAUGUCACAGGUCUGGGUUGGAUCUGAUAUGAUUGUCACGGGUCUCGGAUAUGUGUAAUUUUAACUGACUUGUCCGGAAGGGCCCAUACAGAUCCGAACGCGACUGCUGCAGUAGAGAAAUGUUGUAAUUUAUGCUGCUGCUCCUGCUUUUCACCAGAGUGGAGCGUGGCGCGUGUAGCUUGUUGUUGGCCAAUCAUGAGUCAUCAAAGCGGCAGUAGGCAACAGUUAUAUAGAGCCUCGCUCUAUGUGUAGCAAAAGUUAGUCAUCUAAUCAAUGGAGGAUGGACGGAAUUAAAGUGAAAGGAAACGGAUAGGCUACAAUGACCAAGAGCCAUCAGGUAGGCUGCUACUUAAUAUUUUGAAUGGAGUUGUUAUUUGUAACUGUAGGACUGUAAAGUGGAUGCACUGCAGCCUCAGUGAGUUGUUGUUAUUUGUAAUUGUAGGAUUAGAAAGCGCAUGCGCUGUAGCUAACGUUAGUUAGCUUAACUAGCUUCUCCCGGUUUGAUGCAGUCAAGACAGGUACGACGUAAUCAUAUUUGAUUAUAAAUAACCUAGCUUUGGCAGCUAUUAGUCUACUAUAGCGCGAGUCGGUUUGGUCGGUUUCCGUCUCUCACUCCCUCCUCCCUGUGUCACUCGCUCACAGUACCGCCCCUCCCAGCUCGAGUUAAUAAAGUAGCUUAAAAAAUGACUUUUCUGCUGCUUCCCUCACUCGGAUCGGACCGGGUCUGGAUCCGACCAGGUCUAUACAGAACAGGUCUAUUUGUCAUCGGGUCGGUUCGGAACGGGUCUCUAUAUUUACAUUUUUUAUUUAUGCGUAUUGGGUCCGGGUGGGAAAGCCCCAGGUCCAUUUAGGAACGGUCCAAAAUACCUCUAGUAGGUAGGGUUCAAGUAAAGUGUGAUGUCAUUCAUACACAUUUAUGUAACUGUCAAUCAUCACGUCUGUCUCUUGGCAAGGUUGGAAGUCCUUGAGAAAGAGAUGUCAAUCUCAAUGGCAGUUACAUGCUCAAAUAAAAUAUAAUUGAAUGAAGAAAAUAAUUAGCUUUUUUACAUUCAUAUGAUCGUCAAUCAGUCAUAUUUAUAUAGCCAACCCUUUACUUCCAUCUAUAUACCUGUCAAAUGUUACAACACUCAUAGCCAUCAAUCAUUUACAUUUUACAGCUAUCCAUCAUCUAUAACUGUUGUCAUCAAUCUUGACCGUAAGUACAGCCAACAGUCAUUCAAAGUAGUUCAAUUAGAAUGGAGUAAUAUAGCCAUCAUUUACAUUUAAGUCAUUUAGCAGACGCUCUUAUCCAGAGCGACUUACAAAUUGGUGCAUUCAAUUUAGGAUAGCCAGUGGGACAACCACAUCUUGAUCACAGUAAGUACACUUCUUCAAACAAGCAGCUGUGAGCAAAGUCUGCAAUCAGGGACAACUACAUCUCGAUCACAAUAAGUACAUUUCUUUAAACAAGUCAGUGCUAGCAGGUGAAAUAAGUCAGGUGUUCGUUUAGACAAAAGACAGUGGUAGUAAAGGGGGGGUAGAAGGAUUACUAUUAUACUAUUCCAGGUAUUCCUUAAAGAGGUAGGGUUUCAAGUGUCUCCGGAAGGUGGUCAGUGACUCCGCUGUUCUGGCGUCGUGGGGGAGCUUGUUCCACCAUUGGGGUGCCAGAGUAGCAAAUAGCUUUGACUGGACUGAGCGGGAACUGUGCUUCCGUAGAGGUAGGGGGGCUAGCAGGCCAGAGGUGGAUGAACGUAGUGCCCUCGUUUGGGUGUAGGGUCUGAUCAGAGCCUGAAGGUAAGGAGGUGCCGUUCCCCUCACAGCUCCGUAGGCAAGCACCAUGGUUUUGUAGUAGAUGCGAGCUUCAACUGGAUGCCAGUGGAUUGUGCGGAGGAGCGGGGUGACGUGAGAGAACUUGGGAAGGUUGAACACCAGACGGGCUGCAGCGUUCCAUCAAUCACUUAGAAUCCUACAUUCAUUGAACUAUCCUUUUAGUACCCUCUCUGAUAGUCUAUCGCCCACACCCCACCUAUCCUCGGUCUGUCUCACGCUUUUUCUACUCUCCAUCUCUCUCUAUCCCUCUCUCUUUAUAUCUCUUGCUCACUCUCUGUUUCUCUAUCCCUCUCUUUAUCUCCCUGUGUGUUUCUUUAUCACUCUAUAUAUAUCUGCCUGACACCUUCUCUCUCUCCCUCUCCUUCGCUCUCUCUCAGGUGUAAGCUAGCCCAAGCCAAUGGCUGGGGGGUGAUGGUCAGUCACCGUUCAGGAGAGACAGAGGACACUUUCAUCGCUGACCUAGUGGUGGGGCUCUGCACUGGACAGGUAAACACUCACUCACAGAGACAUGCGGAGCGUUCCACAUAGACACAGAAGACCCUGACCGUUAUACAAAUCUGACCACAAAAUUGUAUCGCUUUCACGAAAUCUCUUCUAAUUCUCUCUCUCUCUCAGAUUAAGACAGGAGCACCAUGUAGAUCUGAGAGGCUGGCCAAGUACAACCAGCUCAUGAGGUCAGUGGUCAAACAUGAUCCUCUAGCUAUUCAGUGGCUUAUAUUGCUUCUUGAAAGAAAAUAAAGGUUAAAUACGGAUUUUUAAGCCUUGAGACAUGGGAUUGUGUAUGUGUGCCAUUCAGAGGGUGAAUGGACAAGAAAAAAAUACACUGAACAAAAAUAGUAUUUUUCUGUCUGUGAUAAAGCCCUUUUGUGGGGAAAAAUUCAUUCUGAUUGGCUGGGCCUGGCUCCCCAGUGGGUGGGCCUAUGCCCUCCCAGCCUACCAAUGGCUGCACCCUGCCCAAUCAUGCGAAAUCCAUAGAUUAGGGCCUAAUUUAUUUAUUUCAAUUGACUGAUUUCCUUAUAGGAAAUAGUUGCAUGUUGCGUUUUAUAUUUUUGCUCAGUAUAUUUAUGUGCCUUUGAACGGGGUAUGGUAGUAGGUGCUAGGCACACCGGUUUGAGUGUGUCAAGAACUGCAACACUGCUGGGUUUUUCACGCUCAACAGUUUCCCGUGUGUAUCAAGAAUGGUCCAGCACCCAAAGGACAUCCAGCCAACGGUAGGACAGUGGUCGAAAAUGGGUCAUUGAUGAAAGAGGACAAAGGACGCUGACACGAAUAUGUGCAGAGCAACAGACGGGCUACAGUUAGUCAACUGACAGUCCAGUACAACGUUGGUGCUCAAAGACCCAUAAAAGAAUGCACAACUCGUUGUACCUUGACACGAAUGGGGUAUGGCAGCCGACAACCGUACAGAGUUCAACUUCUUUCAGCAAAAAAAAAGAAACUGAGGUUGAAGUGGGCUAAGGAACGAAAACACUGGACACAGGGAAAUUGGAAAAACAUUGCUUGGUCUGAUGAAUCUCGGUUCCUGCUGGCAGGACUAGGGUAUGGCGAAAACCACAUGAGUACAUGCUUCCAUCAUGCCAACAUUGCAUGCUGGUGGUGUGAUGGUGUGUUUUCAUCCUUGAUAAAAGUGGAGCAACGUUUGAAUGCCACAGGAUAUCCUAAUGUUUUGUACACUCAGUGUAUUUCCAUAAACACUGCAUCUCAAAGGAAUAGUAAUACACUUCUAUGUGUAUUAUUGCAUGUAAUCAUAUACUAACAUAUACUGUAGUUAUACUGUGUAGAGACCAAUAAGCUACUGUUACAGGUCAACAAUCCCUAAAAGUAUGAAUAGGAGUAGGACGACGUUGCCCCUAGACACUGAUCAAACGUUCGUUUUACCUUCCACCUUGAAUGGUCGAUGGUCAGGUUAGCAUUUAUUUACUGUAAACUGAACCUAGACCUGUACCUGAUAAUAAGGCCAGCUUUCACCUUGAUUGUGACCGUAGUAGCCAAGAGCGUAGCCAAGAGCGUAUUCCCACAUAAACGAGCGUCACCGAGCUAAUUGCUGUGACACGCAUGCUAACAACAUGCCAAUGUCACCCCAUGUGUGAGAGCCAGUCAGUGCGGACAGCACUUGGGAUCCGCUCAGGAUAAUCCCAUUGGGCUCUUAGCAGGGCAGGGGGGGAGGGCCUCUUACCCAAUCACAGCAGCUUUAACCCAUAACAGUCACUAUAACACCCUGAUCACUGGGUUAAUGGUCCAGGUAGAAGUUACAAGUUGCAUAGAUCUAGAAUCCGAUUGCAUGACUCCUAAUAACAGCUCCUAUAACCCCUGAUGAUCACUGGGUUAAUAGUUGCAGGUGGAGGUGUAUGUAACCACAGAUCUAGGAUCUGAUUGCCCAAUCACAGCAGCAUUAACCAAUAACGGCUACUAUAUUUCCCUGAUCACUGGGUAAAUAGGUGCAGGUAGAAGUCGCCGCCUAACCUAACCACAGAUCUAGGUUCAGAUUGCCUGGACUUUUACCUUGAACAUAUGGAUGUCAGAUGCAAAUUCAGUUCAGAUGCAUUUACCUGUUGUAUUAUUGAACACGCAGUUCUCUUUUUCUCUCUUUGUCCAUUCUGUUGGUCUCUUUAGGAUCGAGGAGGAGUUGGGGGAUCAAGCUCGCUUUGCAGGCUAUAACUUCAGAAACCCCACUGCCCUGUGAGACCAGACAGACAGACAGACAGACAGACAUACCAACUACAUUCAGAGCCUCUAAGCUACAUACACAGAAGAACUACAGGGUAACAUUAAAGAUGCACAGUUACUCUGAUUUUG